GUUGUCACGUGACAUCAAGAAAGGGUCAACUUUUAAAACAUGUCGGAAUAGCAGGUGGGAAAAUGAGGAUAGAGUUGAUUUUCUUACCGUUAUUAGCGGUGAUCUUUCAAUUUACGACGGCAGAAAGAUCGCGUGAAAUAUAUGAAUAUGAUGAAUGUCGUGCUGCUUAUCAGGAACCAUUAGGUGUCUCAUCAGGAAGAAUUCCAGACUCAGCAUUCUGGUCUACAGAUUCUAACAAAAAACGUCCACCUCAUGCUGCCAGGCUUGGUGAUUCUUCAGGUGCAUGGACAGCAGGUACCCAGAAUUCACAGCAAUUUCUCGGUGUUGACCUUGGUGAUCGUUACAUAGUUACAAGUGUAGCUACUCAAGGUCGCCGUGGAAGUGACGAAUAUGUCACCGAAUAUUUCCUGGAAUUUUCUGAUGAUAAGAACACCUGGAGAAUUUAUACAAAUGAAUACGGUAUUCCAGAGAUGUUUACUGGUAAUGAUAAUGGAUUCCAAGAGCGUAAGAAUACGCUGCGUUACCCAAUAACAGCAAGAUACGUGCGAUUUAAUCCACAGAGAUGGAAUAUGUUUAUAUCCUUGAGAGUUGAAAUCUACGGUUGUCUCUUCAAACCGUACGUAGCAUCAUUUGGCGGAAGUGGUUUCCUCAAGUAUGAUAUAAGUCAACAAGCCGUCCAAUCAGAAAGUGAUAAAUUAGAAUUACGAUUUAAAACAAAUAGAGCCGAUGGGGUUUUAUUUUACGCUAGCGGUAACCAAGGUGAUUUUAUCAUGUUGGAGAUGAGGAGAGGAUUUUUAUACUUUAAACAAGAUUUAGGUUCUACACAACUCAGCCGAGGUAGAACUGUUGUUGUUGGUGGCAGUUUAUUGGAUGACCACAACUGGCAUGACGUCGUUAUCCGACGACAGAAACAUGAGUUGACAGUCGUUGUGGAUCGUCUGGUUAAUGAAGUCCGAACAGAAGGAUUGUUUUAUAGAUUGGAUCUCGAUAAAUUUAUUUAUAUUGGUGGUGUUCCAUACUUUACCCUGGAUGGUAUUGAAGUCAAGUAUAAUUUCAUUGGUUGUAUAGAAAAUGUAGAUUUUAACGGAGGUAAAUUAUUGGUUGAUGCUCAUCUGGGUGAAUCACCGAUGAUAACUCGUGAAGGAACAGUUGGAUUUAAUUGUGGUAUUAGUUCAGAUAUUCCUAUUUCUUUCCCAAGUUCGGAAUCUCAGUUGAUUGUUCCUGGAUCAUCGACGGAGCCGAUUCGUGUGGCGUUUGAGUUCCGAACCCACGAUACAAAUGGUUUAUUGGUUUAUCAUCCGUGCAAUGCAGUUGGUAGUUAUGUCUCGGUUCAGCUGGAUGAAAACGGUUUCAUUUCCUAUAAAAUCGUUUCCACCUCAUUUCAAGUUAUUGAGGACGUCGUGAGAAACACUGAUGUUUUAAGUACCACAAGAAGUUUUACAGACGGUCUUUGGCAUUCUUUCUCCCUCCACAUUGAUCGAACAAAAGUCAAUUGUACAGUAGACAGGAACGUCAAGGUAUCAAAUAGAGUCCUCGACAUCCAGUCAGGAAACACUUACUACAUAGGUGCGUACAAGUUAAACACAGGAUUCCUGGGAUGUAUCAGAAAUUUAGAAGUUUCCGCUCGUAAAGUAGAAAUAGAGGAACUGAGCUCCGAUGCGAUUGUAAAAGCUACGAUCGGUACAUGUGGCAUCCGAGACAGAUGUACUCCUAACCCCUGUGAACAUGGCGGAUUUUGUUUCCAGGAUUGGAAUAAUUUCUACUGUCGCUGUGACGGUACCGGAUACAAGGGAGCUAUGUGUCAUAUAUCUGCUUAUCCUGUGUCAUGUGCCAUGUUUAAACUGUAUUCUAACAUCGAAGGAAUGGAAGAAGCGAUUAUAGACCCCGAUGGUUCCGGUCCACUCAAACCUUUCCCAGUAAAAUGUGAAACAGCGGAUGGUAAAACAAUAACGUACAUUUCUCACGACAGUCAGAAUCUGAUCACUGUAAAUGGCUACCAGGAACCGGGCUCGUAUAUUCGUAUGCUUAAUUACGUGACAGAUCUACCAGAAUUAACGGAUGUUAUUGAGCGUGCCCAGUCGUGUCAACAAUAUAUUGAGUAUAUCUGUAACAAUUCACGAUUAUUGUUACCUUUAACGGCCAACAGUAAUAAUCAAGAUAAUACUAUAAAUAUUAACACACCUGUUAUCAGUAAUCUACCUCGAUCAUACGGAUGGUGGGUAGGACGAACGUAUCAACCUAUGUAUUAUUGGGGAGGAGCGGCCCCGGGUUCCGGUAAAUGUUUGUGUGGUCUACAGGAGAAGGGUUGCGAGUCUGGAAGUACGACGUGUAACUGUGAUGCUGGUCUGGAGACGGAGAAAUCGGACAAAGGUUAUCUGGUGCAUAAAGAUUAUCUUCCCGUGAUAGAACUACAUUUCGGUGAUACAGGGUCCGUGACAGAUCGGAAGGUCGCUCACCAUCGCGUCGGAGAGUUAGAAUGUACUGGAGAUGAUUUAUUCGAUAAUGUGGUGACAUUCCGUAAAGCUGAUGCAACGAUCGAGUUUGCAACAUUUGAAGCGGAUAAUGCCGGAGAUAUUUGGUUCCAGUUCCGAACCACAACUUCAGAUGGAAUAAUGAUUCACAAUACUGGACCCGUCGAUUUUAUAGAAGUCAGACUUUUCCAAAUGGACACGAUACAGUUCCGUUAUAACGUGGGAAAUGGCGUGGUCGUAUUAUCGUACAAAUCUCCCGGACCUCUCAACGACGAUACAUGGCACACAGUUCAUGUGGAACAUAAUCGUAAACAAGCUUGGAUGAGAAUUGACGACCAGCCGGAAAAAAUUACAAAUGAAGAUUCUGAUUUGAUUCGAAUGUUGGAUUUGACCUCUCGACUUGUCGUAGGAUCCAGUGUUGGUAAUACUGAUGGUUACGUUGGUUGUAUCAGAGGAUUACGUGUCAAUGGUAGAUUGUUAGAUUUGAAGGGAAUGGUUGAACGAGGGGAGGUAACUUAUGGUGUGUCGGUUGGUUGUGUUGGUAAAUGUAUGAGUAAUCCAUGUUUUAACGGAGGAACGUGUCAAGAAGGGUAUUCGGGCUAUGAAUGUGAUUGUUCAUAUACACCAUUUAGAGGCUGGAUGUGUGGUCGAGAGGUGGGUAUAAAUCUUCAGACCAGUUUCCAGGUGAAAUAUGAAUUUGAUGACAUCCAGGGUCUGUCGGCUUCCGACUUCCAGUUUGCUCGAGUUGGUUUCUCUACGAAGUUGAAACAAGGGAUCUUACUACAGCUUCGUAAUGAAGAGAAUACCGAAUAUAUCUCUGUAGAGGUCAAUAAUAACGGUGGUGUACGUGUGGCUAUUGAUGUAGGAUUUCAGAGAGAAGAAGUAAACACACCUAAUCAGGGUAUAGAUUAUUGUAACGGACAGCAACAUGAAGUUAUCGUCAGACGCAGCAAUAAGGGAAAGAAAAUAACUGUACAGGUAGAUAAUUAUGCACCAGGUGUGAAGACUUUUGAUAUCUCAGAUUCUAGUGAUACCAUUUUAGAUAAUCCUAAAUAUCUCUUUAUUGGCAAUAAUGAUACAACGGAAACAUCAAGAGGAUUUGAAGGUUGUAUAUUCCGUGUUCAGGUGGAUAAUAUCUUUCCAUUAAAACGAGCCUUCCAAGAUCCACGGCCAGAUUUUAUAAGACUAUUUCCACCAGGUAAAGUAAAGGAAGAUAUGUGUGGUUUUGAAGAAGUUACUCAGCCUGGGGAUCCAUUUGAAUCUCGUCCUAAAGGUGGAGAUUAUAUCAACGUAACGUAUCCCUACGUACCACAGGAAGGCAUGACAACGGAGGAACGAGCAAUUCUAGGAGCUAUAUUGGCCUUCGUGUUUAUAUUAGCGAUAGUCUUCAUUGUUUUCUUGUGUCGUAGAAGAGAUAAGGGUGAUUACGACACGCAGGAAGCCAAGUUCGCGGACGUAGCCGAUAAUCAGGAUACAGCCGUCAUGUAUAAUGAAACCGGCGUCGGUGAAGUUACCAAAAGACAAGAAUGGUUCAUGUAGUCUAUAUUCUCUAGCAAAAUUACGUCUUAGGAAUUAUUUUAAAUAUUUGAUUUUUUUUUUUUUUAAAACCAUGUUAAAUCAUAACUGAUAAUGGAUAAUUCUCUAGCAAAAUUACAUCUUACGAAUAUUUUUAAAUAUUUCCUUUUUUUUUUUUUUAACUGAUAAUGGAUAAUUCUCUAGUAAAAUUACAUCUUACGAAUAUCUUUUUAAAUAUUUGAAAUUUUUUUUUUUUUUUUUUUAAAAGUGCUCAUAAUUUUUCUAGAUAUAAAGCAUAUAUUUAUUCUUUUUUAAAUUUUAAGAAAAACAUAAAUAUACUUAUUCUGUACAAGAGAUGUAUAUUUUAAAUCUAUUUGUUUUUAACAUUAUCAUUAUGUAUAUAUAUCACAAUAUGUAAAUAGAUAGACUAUAAAAUAUAAAGUUGUUCAUCAACACAAUCCUUCCAGUAAUGAUUCCGAUAUUUUUGUUAUCAUGUAAUAUAGAAUUAGGGAGAGAAAUUAUGUUCUGAAUCUCCUGGACUUUCAAAAUCAAAUACAUUCAUUCCACCCCUCAAUAUCGUUCCCAGAGAUAAGAUUACCCUUUCGUUUAUCACUGGUAAAACUGGCCAGCCAUUUUGAAAUCGACAGCAUUUCAUUCUAACUAAUCCUGCCAAUCAGUAGCCACUGGGGGUGUAGCUAAGGAACCAAUUCACACUGAAAUGUGGGCUUUAUUCUAGAGAAAUAACGUUAUUUAAUAUCAAAGGUAACUUAAAAUUUAGGGUUUGAAUGAUCACCAUUUUUAUUUUCAUAAUAAAUGAAGCAUAAAAUCAUUUUAUUAACUUUACACUUUAAAAAGUUAAUUCUUCUUAAUAUAUAUUUUUUAAUAUCAAAUAAUAAUAACAUAGUCAUCAGAAUUUAAUACAACUUUUUUAAAAAUUCUCUUUCUUUAAAAAAAGAGGCUAAUUUUUUUAAAAAGUAUAAAUUUUCUGUAGAAUUUUUUUUUUAAUAAUCGUCUUGUUAUGGUCAUCAGUAAUAAUACAACGUUUCAUCGUUUUGUGCAGUAUAUAUAGAAGAUAAUUAUGAUGUUGAGAUGAAUUAUAAAUUAUCUCUCUCUGUGUAAAUAUUGUCCUAUUUUUGUUACUUGUAUAUAUACAUUCAUUUUAUAUUAUAUUAAACAUUAGCUUGCCAUUUUAUAACCUCAACUAAAAACAAUCCAAAUCAUGAUUACAAUAAUAUUGAAAUUUGUCAACUGGAUAAUUAUUUAGAUUUUAUUUGUUUGAAAUUUAUAAUUUGGAGCCUUGCUAUCAUCAACAGUAACCUAAAACUAACCGAUUUAGAAAUGAAGAGUCCAGGGGAAGAACGAUCUAAGUCACAUUUUUGUGUUUUCGCAUAAAAUGCAAAGCAGACUUUUGGACGAGAAUGCUUGACGCUAACAGAACAACGAGUGGGUUUAAUUACAACUUUAAAAUGAUGUUUAUACGAAUCAUAAUUACCAGUACAACAACUGACUUCCACUUUUCAGCCAAAUUAAGGUCAAGUAAAGGGUACGAUGGACGUAUUUGUCCGUUUUUACCUGAAAUUGAUUGUUCCACAGAAAGCUUAUACAAUUUGCUACUACUGGGGUUCGUUGAAAAAGUGACAUAGAUCGUUCUUCCACGGGGCUCUUCAAAUAUGAUUCUAACUUUGCAUUUGAAAUUUACAAUGAUGCUGUCAUCAACUGUAGCCUGAAUUUGAACAGAAUAUUAUAAAGAUAUGUUGUUACCUGGUAACAGCAUCAUGAUGGUGAAUUUUAAUAUUUUGUGAAGUGUAUCAUGAUCCAACUAUUAAUUCAUAUCAUUUGAUUUUUUUUUAUACAUUCCAAUAUUGUAACUAAAUGAUUUAUAGAUAUUUUAAAACUACCACAAUAAACUUUUUAUAUUAUA